GGUUUUUAUAACAGCUACGCAAAGUGGUGAAUCAGCACUUCUUAAAAAACUCCAUAGUUUGGUCACACUCCAAACAACAGCAUGAGGUGGCAGAAGAAUUCGUGGAUUAUAUCGGUCAAAACUUAGACGAAAAUAAUGAGGUACCUCACUUUCAAGAUUUACUACAAAAAUGGGCUCUUGAAAGUACUGCAGUGUUCUGUUUUGGUGUUCGGCUAGGUGUCUUUGACAAGUCAGUUGAUGAUGAUUUAAACAUUAUCAUCGAUACAAACAGGAAGAAAUUUGAAUUGAUAAUGAAAGGUAUCUUUAGCGCCCCACUGUGGAAGUUUUACAACACAAAACUUAUGAAGAAAUUUAAUAAAGUACAAAUAGAACAACUUCAUGCUAUAAGAAGACAACAAAUCAAAGCAUUUACUGAAUUUCCAGUUGAUCAAAAGCUGAUUGAUCUUUACAAUUUGUUUGAAACAUCAAAUCUUACAAAAAAUGAGAUAGAAGUGUUAAUUAUAGACCUUUUAUCUGGUGGUGUGGAUACAACUAGUAAUUCAGCUGUGUUUGUGCUUUACUUGCUUUCAAUCAAUCCUGACAAGCAAGAAAUAUUAAGAAAGGAAAUACUUGAAGCUUUAAAAAUAGGAAAAACUGAUGGUAAGGAUUUAAUGAGAAUGAGUUACUUACACGCAUGUAUGUUGGAAUCACAAAGGCUGCUCCCAUUUUCUAUUGGAACAAACAGAAGAUAUUCUAAAGAUAUUGUUUUAUCUGGAUAUAAAAUUCCUGCAGGCACAGUUGUAACAAUGACUUCCAACAUUAUAAACAACUGCAGUGAGGAAUAUUUUGAUGACCCAAACUCGUUUAAACCGGAACGAUGGAUCCAGGUUGACAAUAAAGCAAAAGACAGGAUGAGAUUUGCAAUGGCUGGUUCAUUUGGACAUGGGACUAGAGCUUGUCCAGGUCGUAAAUUUGCCUUGCAAGAAAUGAAGUACUUGCUCAUAUCUGUUUUAAGCCGCUACAAGGUUGAAUAUCAUUACAAACCUAUGAAGAUUAACUUUCUUCUUGUGUCAACGCCUUCCCAACCACCAAGGUUCACAUUUAAACAGCUUUAGUGAAGGAUCAUAGUGAGAAUUUUGUUUAAAGUAAAGAUUUUUAAUCAUUUGUCUAAGUGGCAGACUCUUUAGGUAAUGAGCAAACCCUGGUCUGAAUUCAAGGACCCCUGGCGUGCCAUACUGUAGGACCUCACCCACAUACAAUAGAAGUAGUCUUCUUAUAUCUGAAGGGAAAAUAGUCCCACUAUUAAAUGUACUUCUGUGUAGGACCUUACCCAUAUAGAACAGACUUUAUUACUUUUCUGUGCAAGUCGUAUUUAAACUACCUCAAC